CGCUGCCAGAGUGGGGGUUACAACUACGAUGUCUGCCCCUGGCCGAGGGUGCAAGCAUUCACCAGCAGCCAAACUCAUCCCACAAGGAGCAAGUAGGGGCCGAGCAGGCCUCCCAUGUGUCGUGAAGACUGAAGUGAUGGCAAAGGCCCAAGUCAAACUCAACAGCACAACUUCCCUCACAAACAACAGCACAACUUCCCUCACAAAAAACAGCACAACUUCCCUCAUGAAAACCAGCACAACUUCCCCCACGAAAACCAGCACACACUGCUGCCCAGCUCCAGAAAGUGCAGCUGCUGCAGCUGUACCUGUGAUGGAGCCAGUACUCAACAGCAGCUGUGGCCUCCCCACCUCUCUGAACUGCUGGUCCCACACCACACGCCUAGGCUUGGCUCGAGCCUACUCCCGCUCUCCCGACACCAGACAACAGGCCUGUGAACUCUACCAAGAGGUCAUCGCCAAGGCACCAAAGGUUCAUGACGCCUACAUUGAGCUUGCUCAGCUCCUGGUGGUGUCCGAUCCUCUGGCUGCUCUGGAGGUCUACUGCCGUUUCCCACUCGAGCCCGUCCACCAGCAGACCUUCAAUGACGCCUUCAUUGUGGGCGAGAUCGUGCACAUACUCAUGAAGCAAGAGCUUUAUGACCAUCCACAACUGGGCCCUAAUCUCAUCGCUUAUGGGAAGAUCAUGGGACUAGGUUGUUUGGAAAAAUACAUUGAAGUGCUUGAUGAAAAAUGUAAAACAAACCUCCUCAAGACCGUGUACGCUGGUAUCCAUGACAAAUCGAUGGAAGACGAGGACCUCCAGGAGUUUUUCAAAUUCAAAUGUUGGAUAUAAUUAUGUUUUUGUUUAUUGUAAAUGCCAAGUUUGUGUGAUGAGGCACCUAUAUGGUGCACCACUACUUUUCAUAAUGGUUUCUUCUGACACAGUGAAUGGCAUCCUGGAUAGUACAUAAUUACACGAGAAGCAUAUAUUUAGAAAGGUUAUUUUUAUCAUGAAUAAAACCCAUGCACUUAGGAAUAGACACAUACAUACAAGAGAAAAGAUUAUAGGGAUACAGUUUUGCAUUCCAUUUGUUACAGAUAUAUUUAAGUAGGAUUACCUGCUGCAUGUUACUGAUGAAAACUAGUUGAUUUUGUGUUUUUACCUAGAGCAGCUCUUGCCCAAAUGGACGCAUGAGGUUCCGAACGGCUCGUUUGCUCUGAUCAUGUUUUCCUUGAAGCAUUUAUUGGACUUUACUUUAAAAAAUACUUUAAAAAAUAAUAUUUAAUCUGACAAUCUUUUUUGUUUAUUAAACAAAGCACUGGAUGUCCAAAUAAGUCUU